AUGGGAAAACGCGCUGAAGUCGGGACUCCAAAGUAUCUGGCCAACGCCAUGAAGUCCAAGGGCCUCCAGCGACUUCGUUGGUACUGUCAAGUUUGUCAAAAGCAAUGUAGAGACGAGAAUGGCUUCAAAUGUCAUACGCAAUCCGAGGGACACUUGCGCCAGAUGCUCGUGGUUGGAGAGAACGCCGGAAAGCACAUCCACGACUAUUCGAUGCAGUUCCAAAGCGAGUUUGUCGCAUUGCUUUCGAGAACUUGCGGUACGGAGCGCGUCAAGGCGAAUAACAUCUACCAAGAAUAUAUCCGCGACAAGAAUCACCUACACAUGAACGCCACUCGUUGGGUGACAUUGACCGGUUUCAUUGGCCAUUUGGCCCAAGCAGGGAUCGUCAAAGCUGAGGACACUGAGAAAGGAUUGUUCAUCUCGUGGAUCGACAAUUCUCCCAAAGCUCUCGCGAAAGCGGAGGCCAACAUGAAGAAGGAGCGUUUGAACAAGUCCGACGAACAGCGCGAGCGGCAGAUGAUCGAGGAGCAGAUAGAGCGAUCAGCAGCACAUCAGAGUCAGUUCAAAGUAGACGACGAAGACUCCUCCGGUACGACACCACCAGCCGAGCUCAAACGCGAGGAGGGCGAAAAGGUCAAGCUAUCGCUCAACUUGAAGAAGCCAGCCGCCAACUCGCCCGAAACUUCAGCCCAGGCUCUUUCUCCUCCGAAAGAAGAGGCUAGCUCGUCUUCACCGUCUACAUCCACUCAGACACCUGCCGUCGACGCUCCAUUAGCCCCAACUCCCGCCGCUCAACCUCCGAAACCUGCCGCUCCCACCAAUGUCUUCAAGUCAAACGUCUUCAAAGCCGCCGCGAAACCCGCGCCGACAAACGUGUUCAAGGCAGGAAGCUCGAAUCCUCUCAAGGGGUCCAGCGUGCCUUCCACUGCGGGUGUCAAGAGACCGUUGAGUGUUGCAGAAGCGCUCAUGCAAGAGGAUAUGGAGCGCAAGCGAAGACGGAUGGAACGGGAGAGCGUUCGACAUGCUUCCAAUCAACGUUCAUUUAUGGCAUAA